AUGACUGGUGCCGUCUUCCUGGACGUAAAGAAAGCGUACGGUAGCGUUUUUCAUAGUGCCCUCAUCGCGACACCGCAAGAAACUGGUAUCGGAGGCGCUCCCCUUCUUUGGAUCCAGGACUUCCUGAGCGACCGCUUCUUGUUUGUUCGGACCACGGAAGGGGACACUAACCCCCACCCUGUUAGCAGAGGCGUUCCUCGAGGAAGUGUGCUCAGCCCCCUGCUCUUCAACGUUAUCAUGGCCUCUCUUCCAGCACUGCUGCCCCACCACACGCGUCUCACGCUAUAUGCCGACGACAUCUGCUUAUGGACAUCUGCCGCUCGCCGCGAUACCAUUCAGCAUCAACUGCAGGGAGGCUUAGAUAUUAUCGUCGCGUAUCUCACCGACCGCGGUCUCUCCGUUUCACCCAGCAAGACUGUGACCAUGGUGCUCACUCGUCGAUCCUUCACGAGGUUCCUGCUCGUCAUUGAACGUUCACCACUGCCAUUUGUCCCGUACUGCAAGUACCUGGGCGUGGUAGUCGAGCGCGACCUUUCUUGGUCUCGCUACAUUAAGUCUUCCUCCACCAAGAUCAACAGCUACGUGGCGGUUCUUCGUUGCCUCGCUGGUUUACGAUGGGGCCCGUCCUUCGCUGACCUCCGCUGUGUCCACCAAUCCCUCGUGCUGGGUUCUCUCUGGUAUAGCCUUCCCAUCUUGCAUGGUAUCAGCCGAAGCAGAAAUCGAGAUCUCCUCUUUAGCCAAGCCAGGAGCCUCCGCGUCUGCUUGGGAGUCCAUUCGACCACCGAGACAUACUCGGUCCUGGCCGAGGCACUCGAACCGCCGAUCGAUGUCGUGCGGGACGGCGCAAUCCUCCGCGUUCUCGCACGGUACCUUACUCGGCACCCUCUUCACUACCUUCGCCACGUCGACGAAGACUGCGGGGCCUCUGACUUUGGGUCGUGCUCUCGUUCGCCUCAAAGGAUCCGUCCCCGCACAUUUCUCCCUAUCCUCGCACGCCCCUGCGAUGUGGACGCUUGCAAGACCCGAGACCUGUGCCACUAUCCCCGGUCUCCAGAGAAAGAACGAUGUGCCUGUGACAGUAGCCCGACAGCUCGCGCUCGAGCAUCUCAGUUCGGCCUAUCCGCUGAGGAAAACCGUGACCUCGCCCUCCGACUUCCCUACACAGUGUCCUCCACAGAUGCGGAGCUGCUCGGACUGCUGGCCGCUCUGCGGCAUAUUGCUGAAUCUGUGCCUGAUGCGUGGGUCGUCCUAACGGACAGCAAGGCGUCUUUGGCGCUCCUGAGUACGGCCAACUCUCCUUGGUCGACCACCGUAUCUACCAUCAGUGGGUACCCGGGCAUACAGAGCUACACGGAAACACCUGUGCUGACGUGGCUGCGAGACACGCUGGUGGUCCUACUGCCGCUCCCGUUGUCUGCGUGUCUCCUGCUUAUACGGCGUCUCUCCGGCGACGGCACCCGCCAGUUCAUUGUAGACGCUAUGCGACCUAAUGCGUUCCUGCAGUCCAUCGACCCCUCACUGGAGUUUGCCAUCGGCUGCCGCUGUACCCACGAAGAUGAGUCCCUUCUACAUCAUCUUCGGCUGAACGUUGCCCUCACCAGUUCACUUCUGUUCAAAAUGGGCCCCGUCUCAUCUCCCACUUGCCCGUGCAGCGCCGUAGAAGACGAUAUCUCCCAUCAGCUCCUCCACUGUCAGUGUCACCACCAUCGGCGGGCCGUGCUCUGGCAACACCUCUCAGACCUUGGGUGCACGGACGGACGGACAGACGUUUCUCUCGCAACACUCCUUGGCCCUGUGCAGCGAGCUAACCAGUGGAGAGUCACAAAAGCGGUGCUCCACUUUCUGCGCGACACGGGCCUCCUAGGCUGCCUGUGA